AGAAUUGGCGGUUUGCUGUCUGUAGUCGUAUAGCCUUUCCUUUUGUCUCACCAGCUGAAGAAACUCGGUAAAAUCACAGAAAAAGCAGUAAAAUAAUAACAAACUCUUUCUGCAUUCGACAAUUAAGGCAUAACUAGCACCACUGAAGUGCCAACAUUGGUGUUUUAUCGUCUUAAUACGUUUUUUCAGAGCACUGUUGACGUUGACAAGGAACCGGAAGGUUCCGCAGAUCCUCCUCAGACAAGCAUGAGCCAACCUACAGACACAGCCAGUGAUGCUCCCAGCGUCACCGCAGAAGUCAAGCUGGCGGCCACUGCAGGAAAGAAGCAGAACAAGAAGAAGGAUGAUGUUUUAGAGGAGGAAGAGGAGGAAUAUGUGGUGGAGAAGGUUCUGGACAGAAGGGUUGUGAAGGGCAAAGUCGAGUACCUUCUCAAAUGGAAAGGGUUCACGAAUGAAGACAACACAUGGGAACCAGAGGACAACCUGGAUUGCCCCGAUCUCAUCGCUCAAUACCUGCAGAUGCAUAAAAGUGAUGAGAAGAAAGAUGGAAAGAGAAAAGGUGAAUCUGACACCGAUGGCGGAGAAGACAGUCGCCCCAAGAAGAGAAAAGAUGAGCAAGAAAAGCCAAGAGGCUUCGCACGGGGGUUAGAUCCAGAACGCAUCAUUGGAGCUACAGAUUCCAGCGGCGAGCUUAUGUUCCUAAUGAAAUGGAAAAACUCUGACGAAGCAGAUCUCGUUCCAGCUAAGGAAGCCAACGUUAAAUGCCCACAGGUGGUCAUCUCCUUCUAUGAAGAGCGACUGACAUGGCACUCCUACCCUUCUGAGGAAGAAGAGAAGAAGGACGAUAAGAACUAACUGACGUGAGUUAGGAUGCGGCAACUAAAGUCCAAUGGCUUUUUCCACUCGUGCUGUUAAACCUGGACUGGAGUCAACAUUAGUGGGCAAAGAAUUGCUGAUUAUCUUUACAAAAUGCUGUAUUUUCUGUUGUUGAAUUAUGGGAAAUGGAGUGUAUGUGCUGCACUAGUAGUAAAAUAAGGUGGUGAACUUGGAUUAGGUAUGUACUUACUGGGGUGACUCUUAUGUCAACAUCCUUAUACUUCUGGAUAUUACUAACAAGAUUAUUCGAUUCUUCAAAACUUGGAUUAUUUUAAGUUUGUUUUUUCUAUAGAGUCCUUAGUAUCUUAGUAGUGGGCAGAUUGCUGUCCUAGCAGUGUUUCAACAUUUUUAGAUAUAGUAUGUAUACUGUACUAUAUUUCCAAGAUUCUACCAAUUUAGAUGUAUAUUGUAUACUUUCUACAAUUAAAAGACAUUGAGGCAAUUCAGCAUAUUUAAACUACAUUUCCCAUAAUCCAAAUACACACAUUUACGUCCUUGUCAUUGUAUUUUACUAUUUGCAUUACUGUGCGAAGAGCAGACGUGUUCUUUAGACUCCAGCUUGACUGACUGGUCCUUUCAAGUUUUUAUAUGCCAAUGUUCUUCCUGGUUUAUAUUAUGUUUAAGAACAUUUCCCAGUACGCUGUAUUAGCCCAUUAGCCUUGUUCUUCAGGACGAUUGAGUACAAGCAGAACGGAAUAUACAGUCAUUUUCUUUUUAACUAACAUGUAAGGUGUAUUUCACAGAUCAGAUUUCAUUAUGGGAUAAACAAGGUAUUCAUCUCAAACCACCUCUGCACCAGCAUAAAUAUAAAGCUAUUGACAAAAUCAGGUUUGACUGAAACAGAAUUUUGUUCACAUUUUCACAAAAUAUGGUAUUCGCAUUGGCAUUCUCUUCUGCUGUCUACCAAAAGUACUUGUAUUGCUAAUCUGUAAUGUGACUGCAUCAUAAUCCUCUGAUUGUCAGUUGUCUUUUUUAAGUGUACUGUUAUUUUCUUUUCCCUUAAAUGUUCAUUUCAUUAAAAAUAAAACCUUUUUUAAAAUCA